AGUUGGUUACCACUUACUGUCAUAAUAACAACAUGCUUAAAAAUAAUAAUAAAAUAAUAAUCAAAUAAUUCCUCUUUAUAAUUUGAUAUUUUACAAUACAAAUAUUCUCCCAGACUAUAUGAUUGAUGAUAAUUAUUAUUAUUUAUUAAACUUGUUAAUCAAAUUUUAUCAGUAUAUUAAUAUUGUGAUUUGUGUUGAACAUUUUAUUGUUAUACUUGUAUAAAAAAUUACACACAUACUUUCUCAAAUGGCCCCUAUAUAUUUUAAAAAAUUAAAAACAUCAUUUAAAUUGUUAUCAUUACUCCAACUGAAAGCAUUCAUUGAAUACACAUUCUUUUCUUUUUAUUUUUAUUAAAAAUAUUCAACAAUUUUCUUUACAAAAUGAGUAAUCAAGAAAAAAUGCCGUCAUACAGACCAUGGGGAUCAACAGAAGAUGGACAAAUUGAAUUUGAAUCAUUAACAAGUGAUACUCUUGAAGGUGCACUGGAUCUACUUCGUGAUUCAUUCUAUCCAGAUGAAAAUAUAGCUCGAGGUUCUGAAGUUGCACUGGAUAAUGAUGCAGUUGAAGAAUUAAAUAAAUUAGCAAUUGAUGCAGCACGUGAUGGUGUUAGUGUUGUUGCUAUUGAUAUAUCAAGUGGUCAAGUUGUUGGAGUUGCCUUCAACAAAAUUCAAGUACAAUCAAAACCAAAUGAAAAAUCAGCAUUUGAAAUAUUUAGUGAAAAUUGUAAAUACAAAUCAUCAAAAGCUCUUGUUGAUUUUAUGUCUGAGGUUGAUUCGAAAAUUGAUCUUUUCAAGCAUUACAAUGCAAAUUGUUUACUUGAAAUAAUGUUUCUUGGUGUAUUACGUUCACAUCGUAGACGAAGAAUUGCUGAACUUCUUGUCUCAGCAUCAAUUGAAAUUGGAAAACAGUUGAAAAAUGGACAAUCAGUUAAAACACCAGUUGUUAUUAAUAAUGAUAGCUCAAUUAGUAAUUUUAAUUCAAUUCCAAAUAUUGUAUCAGCUAUAAUGACCUCAAAUUAUUCACAAAAAAUUGCUGAAAAACUUGGAUUUGAUUCGUUAGUUGAAGUUAAAUAUAUUGAUUAUAUUUAUCAUGAUAAAACAUAUCAAGAACGUAUUGGUGAUACUCAUCAUACAUCACGUCUUUUUGCCAAAAGAUUAUAACUUUUUAUUUUUAUCAAGAAUAGAAAAAUAAAUAUAUUAUUUUUUUUUUUUAUAUAUCAGUUUAAAGAUUGAUUAUAUUUGAGAUAUUAAUUUAUCAAAAUGUUGAUGAUAUAUUAUAUUUAAUACCAGAUAACAUUUAAAUAUUGUUUUAAAAUUAAAUUAUAUAUUUUCUUUUUAAAUAAAAAAUACUUUAAUAAUGUUUUUAAUUUUUAUUUUUAUUUUUAUCAUUUUCGAGGAUUUGUUUUUUUCGCAGAUUUUUGUCUUGGAAUUUAUUAUUAAGCCUGAUAAAAUUUAUAAAUAUAAAAAAUAACAUUUUAAUCAUUUUAAAAUUAAAUUAUAGAAUUAUUUUUAAUUAAAAAAAUUAAUACAAUUAUUAAAUUAAUAUUAGGAAAAUUAUUUUUCUACUAAAAAAAAAAAAACAAACAAAUCUUAAAUUAAUUCUAAAAUAUCCAAGUGAAUAUUAAAAUUUAAAAUUAAAUCUACAAAA